GCCGGGCGGCGGUGCGUGUGUGUGAGGGGGUGUGUGUGUGCGCGCGCGCGGGGGUAGGGGUCGCGCGGGGGCGGGGGCUGCCGGCCGCAGCGGGCGGGGAGCGGCGUCCAGCGCCGCGGCGGAGGUUGCACCAGCUGGCAAAUUUAAAAUAUAACAUAAGAAAAGCAAGAAGCUGGAAGAGCUGCUGUUGAUCAGAAAGGGCAGAACUGAUGAACUGUAUGGAUAUAGAUAUGUUUGAAGGCGUCUGCUCUUCCCACUACAAGGCUCCUCACAAGUCUAAUGAGUCAUGGGCUUGAGGACAACCUCAUAUCAACUGCAUGAGGGCCUUUCCUAGGACCUUUACAAGCAAAGGAUGCAUACUGAAGGAGGAAUCUUCAGUGUCUCUGCUUCACAUGAACCAGUAUGGAGUGGUGGGUCUCUAAAUGAAUACCUGGCUCUUACUACGCUAUGAGCCACGGCCAGCACACAUACAGCAUUUCUGCGUGUUUCUAGAGAUGUUGAAGAAUCAUGAAUAAACUGGCAGACCAGCAGGACCACAUGAUACCAUGAAGAGAAGCUUACAGGUCCUCUAUUGCCAACUGUUUAGUGUUCUACUGAUCUUGGCACUGACAGAAGAGCUGGUGUUUUCUGUUCAGGUACUGUCUCCCACUGUAUCCUCCUCUCAGGGCUUCCUGAUGGACACUACCACUGUCACAGCCAUGGGGACAACACCUCGUCACAAAGACCGUCGCCCGACGCAGCCUGCUCCCGCAUCUGCUCGCACGGUUCCCCAUCCCGCUAGCCUGACGGAGAAAACGGCCCCGUCCGCUGGCCAAAAGCAAGCAAGCGGCCGUCAUGCUGGCGAAAAGGAAAGGUAUCAUUUGUACAACCAGAGUGCUUUGUACUCAGGACAGACUCGCCCCAUGGGGAAAAUAUUCCCAGAUUUCAAAGGGAACUUCACAGAGCCUUCAGAGCCUUACCUGAAGACGGCCCUGCACUCCCCCUUCCCCACCCUGAGCAGCCCUUUCACAGACCACCCGUUUCCCUCCCCAACUGCGACUUCCAGAGAUCCCGCUGGCACGGGGCUGGCAAGAACUACGCACCCGGCCCCUGCUCCCCCCAGCAGCACCUCGGGAGGCCUUAGGAAAGCAGAGCGUGGGGAUGGGACGGAGCCGGUUGUGCAGAAAGCAGAUUUUGCCACCACAACUGCUGGACCAUCGACUAAUCCUGAAGCAGUGUCGGUGCCUUUUGACCGUCCCCACUAUGAUAUAUGGGAUAUGCUGAGCAAAAACAGCUCUUGGGUAACCUUGAACCUCAGUACAAAUGUCCCGUUGUUUGCUGGCCCUGGAACUGCAACAGCAGCAGCAGGUCACUCGGUUCAGACCAGUUUCGAUGUCAACGUCUCCUCUCCGGCAGCGGGCAACCCCAGGGGAGCUGCCCCGACGCAGCACAGCGCGGUGACUAACGCCACUGUGUUUGGCAGCGCUCUCUCCGCAGCACCCGUCACCAGGUUGUCCAGCUCCAUUUCCACAGCUGGCUCCACUGCAACCGGCAACUUCCUAAACAGACUGGUUCCUGCCGGGACCUGGAAACCUGGGGUGCCGGGAAACAUCUCCCAUGUCACUGAGGGGGACAAGCCCCAGCACAGAGCAACCAUCUGUCUCAGCAAGAUGGACAUUGCCUGGAUCAUCCUGGCUAUCAGCGUACCUAUAUCCUCAUGUUCAGUUCUGCUGACAGUCUGCUGCAUGAGGAGGAAGAAAAAGACAUCUAACCCAGAAAACAAUUUGAGCUAUUGGAAUAACGCUAUUACCAUGGACUACUUCAACAGGCAUGCUGUAGAGUUACCGAGAGAGAUCCAGUCUCUGGAGACUUCAGAGGACCACCUCUCCGAGCCACGCUCCCCAGCCAACGGCGAUUACCGAGACAGUGGUAUGGUCCUCGUAAACCCCUUCUGUCAAGAAACUCUAUUUGUAGGACAUGAGCAAGUGUCUGAAAUAUGACCCCAUAGCUGCCCUUGUAUUGCAGUUUCCUCUUGACUGUCUCCAAAUUAUAAAUAAAUAUAUAUAUUAUAAAUAUAACCUUUGUGUAACCCUGAACUACAAGAAAUGUUUUCAGCUUUUUUUCCCCCUGAGAAUUGUCAACCUCUUUUUUAUAAGUGUGGUAAAACUUUACAGAACAAACUGUGGCUUUAUAAAAUAAAGGUAUUUCUAAGCAAAA